GAAAGUGCUUGUGAUGAGCAAAGACGAUUAGUAGUGUCGAUAAGCCAAUAUUCUGCAGAAAUUAGCCAGAAUCUUCAGGUAUCUACAAAUAUAAUAAAUAACCACCCUCGCAUGUGAGGGUACUAUGUGGUGGUGCUGUACUUCUUCCGCUAGUUCAGGACCGAUGGCUGCGAUACGCAAAAAAUUAGUGAUCGUAGGUGACGGUGCUUGCGGUAAAACAUGCCUGCUGAUCGUGUUCAGCAAGGACCAGUUCCCGGAAGUGUACGUGCCUACCGUGUUCGAAAACUACGUCGCCGACAUCGAGGUUGACGGCAAACAAGUCGAACUGGCGCUGUGGGAUACGGCCGGACAGGAGGACUACGACCGGCUGCGGCCGCUAUCCUAUCCGGACACCGACGUGAUCCUCAUGUGCUUCUCGGUGGACUCGCCCGACUCGCUCGAGAACAUCCCCGAGAAGUGGACGCCCGAGGUGAAGCACUUCUGCCCCAAUGUGCCCAUUAUCCUGGUGGGCAACAAAAAGGAUUUGCGCAACGACCCGGCCACGAUCAACGAGCUCCGCAAGAUGAAACAGGAGCCCGUGAAGCCGCAGGAGGGCCGCGCGAUGGCCGAGAAGAUCAACGCGUUCGCCUACCUCGAGUGCUCGGCCAAGAGCAAGGAGGGCGUGCGCGAGGUGUUCGAGACGGCCACCCGCGCCGCGCUACAGGUCAAGAAGAAGAAGAAGACUAGGUGUUCUCUGCUGUAAUUGUGCCGUUGUUGGGAGACUCUGAUUUAUGAAUGGUUCGCAUACUGCCUGAACACUUACGUUUGAAACGACCGGGCUGCAGCCGCGCCGCGGGCUCCGCCUGCCGGCGCCGAGUCUCGCCGCUGCACGCACAUCCACUCAGUAUUCGUGUGGCUACACUUUCACAAUUGGUACUUGUAUAUUUUAUAGAUUAUCUAUAAAGAUUAAGCAUAAAUGCCUUAACAAAUGUUAGUCGGGGACGAAAGUGGGCCCCUGUCUUUGGGCCCAUGGAAUUUUUGUGCUAUUCUGUCAAGUUAUAUAAUCAAGUAGCAUUUCUUCCUGAUAGAUUAUUCCUCGCGCCCGUCUCAAUGAGACUAUUGAGUUUCAUAUUUUGUAUUUUAAUUUUUGAAUAAAAUAGUGAUGUAUAAUGUGUA